UACGGGGGUCGUAUGGGUCAUUAAUUACAGGAGGGUCGUUACAAUGUGAAUGAUGCGCUGCAGUGCUCCCAUGUGUCCACCAGGUGUCGCUCACCUCCAGUAAAAAUAACCACAGUCCCUUCAUCUAGUAAAGAUCUGUCACCUGUAUUUAGCAGCUGGAUGAGAAAUUGUGCCGCCAUAUGACUGCUGCUCCUAAUAUAACAGGCAGGUGAUGAUGAUGAAGCUGACGCUCAGUAAGGUCACGGGCAGCGCUCGCCUCGGGGUUAUCACCGCUUUGGCGCAGAGCGGCGGGGAGAAGACGCUGGAAGUCCCUGGCUGCCUGCUCUACACCCGGACAGGGUCGCCCCCUCAUCUUACCCACGAUACCCUGCAGAACAUCGCCGGCGUCCCUCCGGUCACUCACCUCACACUGUCCACACUAGCAGAACAUCAGGAAGUGCUGGAGGAAUAUAAAGAGGGGAUCGGGAAGUUUGCUGGAUUAUCAGACACUUUGCUCUAUUGCUCAAUAAAUGACCCCGUUACCCCGAAUCCUCCUGGAUACAACACCAAUAAGACCGUCUCAGUCUGGGGAUCAGGGGGGCGGUUGGAGCUGACGCCCCAGAGGUUCGUGUCCCUGCAGGGCGCCCUGCGGGUGGACUGGAUCCAGUGUCUGUGUGACGGGGAGGCGGCAGCCGAUGGCUGCUCCAGGAAGAGGGCCAAGAAGUCUGUGGACCGAUCGCUGUCAUUCCUGGACGAAUGUCUGAAGCUGAUGUCAGAGAAUGAGGCUCUGAAGCAGAAGGUUGUGAUCGGCGCCAUCGAGGGAGGAGACCUCCAGGAGGAGCGGCUGAGAUCAGCGAGAGAGACGGCCAAAAGACCCGUUGGGGGAUUCCUGCUGGACGGAUUCCAGGGGGGCAGCGGGGACCCCGAGAACAAGCUGAACCUCAUUGCGGCAAUCACAGCCGAGCUACCGGAGGACAAGCCCCGGUUCAUCCACGGCAUCGGGCGGCCGGAUGAGGUUAUGGACUGCAUUGAGCGCGGUGUAGAUCUGUUUGACAGCACCUUCCCGUACGAGGUGACAGAGAGAGGCUGCGCCCUGAGCUUCACCCACCAGUACCAGCCGGACCCCGAGACCGCAGGUGAACCCCAGCGCCCUGUCCUUGACAAGAAGGAGCUGAUUAAUGGGGAACAGACCGAGGAUGAGUCUGAGGAUGCAGAGGACGACCGAUCCAGCAUCACCGCUUAUGAGAUCUGCCUAAAGGAGAAACGGUUUCGCGAAGACUUCCGGCCGCUUCUCCAGGGCUGCGCGUGUUACUGCUGCCGGCAUCACAGCCGCGCCUACGUCCAUCACCUCCUCAUCUCCAAGGAGCUGCUGGCCGGGAUCCUCCUCAUGAUACAUAACUUCCAGCAAUACUUCAACUUCUUCCGAUCCGUCCGCGAGGCCAUAAGUGACGGAAAGUUCCAGGACCUGAAGGAGAUGAUCAGGAAACAGGCGUCCUGAGACCAAGCCCCGUGAUAUUACACUACUAUAUAAUAAAAGGGACCAAAAGAUUUCGUAAAUUAUUGUCCUGUAUUAUACUCCAGAGCUGCACUCACUAUUCUGCUGAAUGAACUCGGUCAUUCUUUGUGUGGUCUAAGCCCCGGAAGAUUCUGCCAGUACACGUGCUGUACGGAAAGUGCGCUUAGAGAUUCUUCAUGUGGACAUUUUGUUGUGAGAACAUAGCCUUAGGGUACAUUCACACUGGCGGCUACAUUUGCGGGUUUCCCGCUGCGUAUUUGAAAGGGGGCGGGCUCUUCCCAGCUCUGUAAUAUGCAGCCGCUAAUAAGUACUGGAAGGAUAAAGAUUUUUUAAUAGAAGUAAUU